GUUCCUCUGCUGGAUUUGCGCGCUUCACCUCCGCCUGCUGCAGCGGAAAAAAAAAACGGGCCACAAGAAGAAGAAUAAGUGUCCAUCUGCUGAGCCGUGACAAGAUUAAAGUUAUAAAACAAUGGAUGACUGACAAACAGCCUGAGAAGUUUUGACUUUAUUUUUGUUAGUCCGGGAGAACAGCGUCCACUUUCUCUAAAACUUUUUUUUUACAGCAAACAUUUUCUUCUUCUUUCGUGACAAAAGGAGACAGCGGUGUAUUUGGAUCUUUUCUCCUGACAUCUUCAAUCUUUGCGAAGGAUUUUAAACUUAUUUUUUUGUUAUAGAUUUUUUUUUUAACCCCUCGGUGAUAGAAAAGAGUUUCUCCUUCAUAGACUUGUGUUGGGGAUGUUGAGCUCUGUGAAGAUGGAAGCCCAUGAUCUACCAGAGUGGAAUACUUUCUACAGCGAGGCAAGCGAGAUGUAUUCCUCUCCCAACGCCAUGAACUCUGGUCUCGGCUCGAUGGGCUCCAUGGGAACCAUCAACAGCUACAUCAACUUGAACCCGCCCAUCGCCUCCCCUGCCGGCAUGAACAUGGGGUACCCGAGCUCAACGCUCAGCAACUCCCCGCUGGCCUCGAUGGGCUCAGGGCCCGGUCACAUGUCCCUCUCCCCAGGGGCCUCGUCCCUCAGCUCAGGCGCUCUGACCCAGCUGGGCCCUUCGGCUCCGGGCUCCCUGAGCUCCCUGUCCCACUACCAGAACAUGGGUCAGUCCAUGAGCCAGCUGGGGUACCCCUCCACAACCAGCCUGAGCCGCGCCGGGCCAAAGGAGAUCCCCCCGAAGCCGUACCGCCGCUCCCUGACCCACGCCAAGCCGCCCUACUCCUACAUCUCCCUCAUCACCAUGGCGAUCCAGCAGAGCGGCAGCAAGAUGCUGACCCUCAACGAGAUCUACCAGUGGAUCAUGGACCUGUUCCCCUACUACCGCGAGAACCAGCAGCGCUGGCAGAACUCCAUCCGCCACUCUCUGUCCUUCAACGACUGCUUCGUGAAAGUCGCUCGCUCGCCCGACAAGCCGGGCAAAGGCUCGUACUGGACCCUGCACCCGCAGUCGGGGAACAUGUUCGAGAACGGCUGCUACCUGCGGCGCCAGAAACGCUUCAAGAUCGAGGAAAAGCUGGCCAAGAAGGCGGGGAAGAACCAGGAGGGGGGAAAAGGAGGUCACGGUGGGGAUCACCUGGGGGAGGACCACAGCCCCACAGGAGGAUCAGAGGGAGCUGACUCCGCCCACUCAGACAACUCCCACCCCGGCUCCUCGGACGACCAGCCGCACCAGCGGAACUCCCUGGUUCCUCUGGACUGCCCCGCGCUGUCCUCCUCACACCUCCACAGCCCGCCCAUUUCCCUGCCUCCCCCUUCCUCCUCCUCUUCCUCCAUGCCUCCUUCUGGCCUCUCCCUGUCAGCCUCCUCCUCCUCCAUCCUUCAUCCACAGUCUUUAGUGGGGGGUCCCCACCUGCUGCCCAGCGCCAUGCAGCAACACAUUGACCUGCAGAGCGACGCCCUCAAGUCCCUGGACCCCCACUACAACUUCAACCACCCGUUCUCCAUCACCAACCUCAUGUCCAACGAGCAGAAGAUGGACCUCAAGUCCUACCAGGACCAGGUGAUGGCCUACAACAGCUACACCGGGGGCUCUCCUGUGGGGGCCAAGCAGAUCUAUGACAGCCAGGGGCCCACCUCCAUGGACUCAGGCGCUUACUACCAAACUCUGUACAGCCGCUCGGUGCUCAACGCCUCCUAAUGUGGACCCACACACACAUCUGUCUGUGGAGCCAAGAUGGAGACUUCUCUUCUCCUCUAAAAUGGACACCAGAGCUCUCUCUCUCUCUGUCUUCCUCUUUCUCUCUCUUUUUCUCUCUCUCUCUCUCGCUCUCUGGCUCUCGUCCAGCGGCCUCUGAAGAGACUCACAUCUAAAAUGGCCGUCGUGUUUGAGAGGCAAGAGAACAGUUUGUUUUUUCUACUUCACGGCCUCUGACAAACGUGGAAGGAAGCUGGUUGGUUACACGGAGGACAGAAAAGAGAAGCUGGAUGAUGAAGAUGUCGCUGGAGCUCCGCACGUGCUGAAGUGUCAGCUUUUGUACAAAAUGUAAAUAGAGGUAAUGUAGGGGGGGGGAAAGGAUAUUUGCAUUUAUUUAUGAAGGGAAUAAAUCUUAAUAUAUCUUGUAUAGCUCUGUUGACCAGUUACAACCCCGAUGUGAGUUUUAUUUUUUAGAAUGAGAUAAGUUUCAGGUUACUGCUUCAGGCAGGUGUUACUGUUCGUGUGUUACAGCAUUUCACACCAUUUCCGUCAAUCAGGAGUCCGUCAGUGUAUAUAUAGCUCAUGGAGUCUACUUUUUAAAAAUAAGUUUUUAUUUUUAUUUUGGUUGAUAUGAAGAAAAAAAGAAAGCCGUUUUGUCCUUACUGGAGCUCAGAUAAAAUAGAAGUUUUGCAGCCAGAAGGUAAGAGGCAAAGAAACUGUGGUAAAAAAAAAAAAGAAGAUACUAACAUGUCAUGUUUCUGUUUUUCAUUUCCCACAAACAUUUUCUGUUGUUACUUUAUAAUCCAGAGGCAUGAAGUGCUCCUGUCAGACUGUAACAUGAUGUAAAGCAGAGCGGGGGAGUUCAGUCAGUUACUAAAAACAGUGGAGGGGAGGAGAGAUGCACUAUGGGAGAUUUACAUACAGUACUUUGCACUAUGGAGCUCCCACUGGCCAGGUGGGCUGAUAGUGUGUGUGUUACAACAAUACUUAGGACCCCCCCCCCCCGCCCACACUGUCAAUGCAUCAGCUCAAUGGGAUCAGUGGAACGAUGUCAGAGGGUUAACUAUCCACCCGUCGUCCCAAAAAAAAAAAAAAAGUGCCUUUUCUUCAAAGACUGCUGAUCUGACAAGAUAUCAAUGUAUCGACAAUCUAUUGAAGGAUUAUUCCGUCACACAGCGGAGGACGCAGAAGUUUCAGGUCACAUAAUGUCCUCUGUGGAGAAAGAAAGAAAAAUGUCUUUUAUUUAAGCUAUGUUGCUUUUCAAACUUUGAAAGUGUGCUGAUAUAAUAUAUUGUUGUUGUUGUUUUCGUUGGUUUUAAAUGUGAUUCAAAUGAUCCAUGUUUCAUUUUUUCUUAUUAAAAAGGCAAAAAAUGUGGGAA